AUAUCAGUCUUUGCAAUCGUGAUAACGAAAUUGUAUAUAACAGCUUUGGAACUGAAAACCCGUUUGCCGUUUUAAAAUUUUUCAGUUUGCCAGUGUUCAUCCAAAAAGAAAGCCGCGAAAAUGGAAAUACUGUUGUUCGCAGCUCUAACUACCUUUUUCAUCGCCGACCGCAUUAAUGCUAGCGGAGCCACCGUAUCGUGCUAUCAUUGCGACAGUCAUGCCGGCAUGGCAUGUGGACUGGCGGCCGGGUGGAACAUUGCCGAUCUGGAGAACAGCGUCAAGCCGUGCCCGGAUGGAUUCUGCUACACUUACCAAAGCAGCGAUGUAUUUGAUACCAAAAAAUUUGAAGUAAAACGGGGAUGUGGCCGGCUACCGUGUUACGAGUUGCCCUACGAAGGUAACGUGUCGGCACUUUGUGAUGUGGACAGUAGCGGCCAUCGAAAGGAAAAAAACGUUCCUCUCCCGUCCGGACCGCCAUUCAAUCAACGGUAUAACUUCGUUAGUGAGCUACGGAACCGGACGUGGCAGACCGGACGCCUGCAGUACUGCGAUACCGACCGUUGUAACAAGGAUCCCACGCACUUUGCGGUGGAUGCUGAGCUAUCCAAUGCGACGAGCAAAACUUAUUACUGUGUUAAUUGCCGAGGUCCGGUGAAUGAAUCAUGCGGCAUUCUCGGCGCAAGUGAGGAAAGGGUUCCAUCCGACGAAUAUCAGUGCCCAUCCGGGUACUGUUUUAUUUAUGUUUUUGCGGAGAGCGACCGAAGUGUACCAAAAGUUUGGCGUGGCUGUGGACCGGUUUCUUGCAAAUAUAUUCCUGGCUCAUCGGACUCGAUCGGCCUGUGUGAUGAAGCUGACAAGUUGGAACCGGUGGAUACCAGCAACGGCGACCCUUUCAGCAAGAUCCGCACUUUUUCGGCUCGAUAUGGACCCACUGGCCAGAUGCGAGCCGGCACAGUGCAGUACUGCAAAACAGGGACGCGAUGCAAUUAUCAGUCGGUUCGCAGUUUUCCCUUGGUCAGCCUGUACCCGAAUCGUUCACCAACGGUGCAGGAAGUCAUGGAUCAGCUGAAGUCACCAAAAGGCCCGAUACACAGCAAUCCUGGAACGGGAGAUAGUCCGGUUAAACAGCUGUUUCGCAUAAUGGAUGUUAACGGUGAUGGUGUACUGGACGAAACGGAAUUUAGCAAGAGCUUGAGUCGGUUGUCCUGAAACCUAAACGAAACACUUUUCGGAAAUUUAUAAGUUUGUCUGGCUAUUUCAACUGAGAGCAAGUCGAAGUGCUUACAUUAAAGAACCUGUAAUUAAAGGUACGCUACAUUUCGUGUCUACCAGCCAAAAUAAACAAAAGUAUUAUAAUAUGCUCUUAUUUUGAAUGGGUGGUUUUGGCAGUUUUUGUGCGCUGACCAGAUUUCUCAGACAGAAGGCCGGUUUCGGCUUUUUUCCGCAAAAGUCAACUUACGCACUGCGAAAAAAAUUAUUGG